GGCUGACAUCGACAAAGCGGGGUGCUGCCUACACCGUAUGCAACCACAUUGUGCAAGCGUUCGACAUCUGCAAUCCGCCACAAUACAUGAUCAGUAAUUCAUCAGCCAUGAAGCUACAAGAUAUCCCCGUAGAGCUACGGCAAAACAUAUUUGAGUUGGCUCUAACGGCUCUGGUUGCACCAUCGAGUCCCUCAGAGAGCCAACAUGGCCGAUAUCGACGAGCUCACCAUCCUCAAGACCGUUACUGGCGUCCUACAGGCGUCUGGGAACAGGCACCCAAGAACAAAGCUCUGAGCUUGCUUCUGGUCAGUAAGCAGUUUCACGCCGAGGUUCAGGAUAUUGCCACUCGUCUCCCAAACAACUACCAUGUCGAUAUCAUGUUUGUCAAGAACUAUGGCCUCUGGACUACAUGGGAUUUUACGAAGCGGCCGACAUCAAGAUACAUCGACAAAGUCACAUCUACAAUUCGUAUCUUCGACCCAACCGCUGAUCUUGACGAUCGCUUUAAGGACAGCUUGAUUUUCCUAGGUGGUUGUGGAGGACCGGAGCCCGCAGUUUGGGCGUUUUACGACCUUCUCAUAGGCUUGAUAGAAUAUGGGCCUGGAUACCUCGGCCGCCUAGAUAACCGCUGCUUCAUCAUCAAUGAAAUCGAAGUGGAUGUUGUCGCUCCAACAGACGGCGCCGCUCACACCAAGCUUGAGUGCAGGGACAACGAGAAUCCUGUUUGGCUGUACCGGAGUCGCAUCCGCUCCAGGGACGAGCGGGUACCGGAGAAGCGACUCAUCAGUUACAUGACCAAUGAGUUGGACUAUGUUUUCAGUGCGACCCGUUACACUAUCGAAUAUUGUUUGGAGCUGCACGAACAUAUCACAGAAAGCAUCAUAUUCAAGGUCAACGGGCAGGAGUGGAAGAAGAUACAGAUGGAUGAGGUUCUGCAAAACUGUGAUAUCUCGAGAUGGCAAUACGAUGUGGGUUUCCGGGAUCGCAAUGCGAUGAAGAUGACGAGAUGGCUGAACUGGGUUCUUGACCGACGAGAGAGGAUGAAGAAGGGCCUUGAGCUGGAUGAAGACAGGCCUGAUACUUAUCUUCUCUAAAGGAGUGGUCAGGAAGCUAUCACAGAAAGGGAAUUCGAAGGAAUUUCAUGACAGACGUUGUCGCUGAGAGAUGCGCGAACAACGGCGGCUUGCAGUACAUGACCAUCCUCAACACAGGAAAUAUGCGUGUCUCAAGGGUCAAGUGUUUCAAGAAUAGGCCGUGUCUAAUUUUGUCAAGAUCCAAUUAUUUCCAAGAAUACACCUGAUUGACG